AUGGCGAGGAUGGCUGCGAUGAUGAGGAACCCUCGUUCGGAAGAAGAACAAGAACAGGUAAUUGUCUCCAAUUUCUCAUCUUCAUUUGAUGAUUGUGAUUAUCAAAACAAAAGGAAACGGAAAAGGAAGAGGAGUAAGAAGAAGAAGAAGAACCAUGGUGGGGAUGUUUCGAUUUUGAGUUCUGGUAAUCGGGCAACGGAAGAAUUGCCAAAGGGUAGUGAGUUGAAGGUGGAGAAGAAUGAUGCUGUUAUAAGUAAUGAUGGUGGUAGUGAUGUGGGCACCAAAAAAGUGGCAUUGGAGAAUUUGUUUGCUGAAUUCUGUUUCAAGGGUGAUCAAAUUGAUGGGAAUAGCAAAAGAACUCCCUUUAUUGUAAGGAAUAGAAGAAAUAAUUCUGGUGCUAAUGGUAAUGAAGCUGGGGUUUUGUCUAGUAUUCUGGCAAAAUCGAAGGAAGAUACAGAUAGGAUUACACCAGCGAAGAGAAAAUGGGGUGAAAAUGAGAGAAAUGAAGGAAGGAAAGAAGCUCGUUUUGUUUCAGGCUACUCCGGGAAACAUGUAGACAAGGAUUUAGAAGUGAUCAGAGUGAAGCAUUUGGAUGAUGUGGCAGAAGAUUUGCAUUCAGUAUGUGGGAUCUCGCAGAUUCGGUGUGGUAAAGAGGCUAGGCAUUCUUCUAAUGUUUGUCAAGAAUCAGAGGGAGUCAAGGAGAUUGAGAGGGAAAAUGCUCCCAUAUGGUCCAAGAAGAAAAGAAGUGGUGCAGUAAAUUCGGUGUAUUUGCAUGCUGGUUGUGAGGAGUUUGAUGAUAAUAAAGGGAUCGAAGAGCAGGUUUCCAAGGUUUCAUCAAGGAAGGGAAGGCAUGGAGGGAAGGGGCAGGAAAAGCAUAAAGGAAAGCAAGUUCGAGUUAUUUCUCCCUACUUUUUGAAGUCUGCGGUACAAGAAAAAUUUCAGGAAGUUGGAAAGCAUUUCAAGAAUAGAUCACGAAAAUCACUACCAAAGAGUUUGAUUUCGGAGUUGUCUGUUGAGGACUUGGAGGAAGCAAGGAUUGAAGUUCAAGAUGCUGCACCUUACACUGUAAGGUCUGUGUAUGAUGAAGAAGCAGCAAAGGAAUUGUUGCAAAAUGCAUCAGAGAAAUUGUUGCAAGAUACCGGUGUUCCUUGUAUGAUAGGAGCUUGUGAGUCAUUGCUUGUGCCUUGCACUCUUGUGGAGUCAAAAGAAACUAGGGAGGACAUUACUGGGGGUGGAUUGAGGAAGACAAGAAGUGUAGCAACGGAAAACCAUUUGAAAAUGAAAUCUCAGAAAUCAAUGAAGAAAACUGCAACUUUGGUCAGUCCACACUUACGAAAUAAUAAGAGAAAAGUAGGUGUUGAAGUCACUAAGCUUGUAAUAGAUGCGACAGAAGUCAUAGCCCUGCCAAAAAGGACUCUUUCUGCGUCCGAGAAGCGAGAUGAGGCUUAUGAGCGUAGGACUCCAGACAACUUAUGGAAGCCACCACAGUCCCCGCAUACUCUACUUCAGGAAGACCAUGCUCAUGAUCCUUGGAGGGUAUUGAUAAUCUGUAUGCUUCUCAAUCGCACAACUGGUUUGCAGGCCAGCAGAGUGAUAAAUCAGCUUUUUGCCCUCUGUCCAGAUGCCCAGAGUGCAGCCGAGGUUGAUACACAAGACAUAGAAAAGGUGAUACAACCUUUAGGCUUACAAAAGAAAAGAGCGGUAAUGAUUCAGCGUUUCUCUCAAGAAUAUCUAGGAGAGGGCUGGACUCACGUGACGCAACUGCAUGGUAUAGGAAAAUAUGCAGCAGAUGCAUAUACAAUAUUCUGUACAGGGAAGUGGGAUCGCAUGAUACCAUCAGACCAUAUGCUGAAUAGAUACUGGAAUUUCCUUCGCGAGGAUUAUGGAACUGUUUCAUCUAGUCGCCCUCCCGAAUUCUAG